AGUUAAAGUAAGUGUUAAAAUCGGUGUACUGUGUAAGUUUUUACCAUCGGCGCCCGGGGUAUGUAACCAGUCAAAAUGGCGGAUCGAACAUCAGUGUGCAUUAUUGGGCAUUCUUAUGUAAAACGAUUGGAACGAUUUAUUUUACAAAACCCUGUGUAUGAAAACUUGGGUCUUGAUGAAGAACAAAUUAAUGUGUGUUUUCGGAGCCAAGGGGGUUUGUCUAUUUACGGACUUGCUAACUCGUCAAGAUUGUGCGCGUUUUCGGCAGUUCCUACUUUGUGUGUUCUGGAGAUAGGGGGUAACGAUGCGACGACUCGACCAUCACAUGUCAUUGCACAAGACAUUUUUUCAUUUGCGAACUAUUUAAUACAUGGAUAUGGUGUAAAAUCCGUGAUCAUUGGUCAACUGUUGCGCCGCGACCCUCGAAAAUCACCGAUUGGAUAUAACGAGGAGGUCAUCAGUAUAAACAAACACUUGGAACAUUUGACAAGUAGCGAGGAGCAUGUCCAUUUCUGGAAACAUAGAGGAUUUUGGACUAAUUUGGCAUACCUUGGGCGCGAUGGAGUUCACCUUGGGGUAGAUUCGGAUGGAUGUUAUCCAGCACCCAUGGUCAAAUACUUGAGGAGCAUAAAAUAUGCAGUGCAUAACAGAGUUCAAAAACUCAAGGCCAGUAAAUUAACAUCACUUUGUCAAAGAAAAUUUAAAAAAGAUAAUUUAAGAAAGUUUUUAAUGAGUAUAACUUGAGUUAUUUUCUAAGAAAUUGAGUAUGCAUACUUAACAUGGUAAAUUUUUGUUUACAUAAGCAUAGGGAAUAACAUUUUGGAAAUAUUCUAUAAAGAUAUUUUAAGAAUAUUCAAUUCAAUCUGUACAGUUUAGGUACAGUACUGUAAUCCUGUUUCAAUGUAAUGCAGGAAUAGUAAGAAUUUUUAGAUUGAUACAGCAAUAAUUGCGAGAGUGACCAAAAAAUUUAAGUUCAUGUCUAUUAUACACACCUUUAUCAAAGCUGAGACAUGAUUGGAUGGGCUAUAUCUAAGUAUGCCAUCAUCUGUUUUAAAGGAUAUAUAUGUAUUUGAAGAAAUAAGAAUUUAAAAUACAUGAUUUCUGCUUAUGGGGAAGUUGUCAGAAUUCUAAGUUUAUAUAUUCUGAUUAAAGCCCUUUCUAAGUUGAAGCAUGAGCAGAUUGGCUGUAUCUAAGUAAGCCAUCAUCUGUUUUAUGUAUGUGUUUAUAUCAAAAGAAAUAAGAAAACAUAUACAAAGUCUAAGAUUUCUAUGUAUGUGUUUAUAUCAAAAGAAAUAAGAAAACAUACACAAAGUCUAAGAUUUCUAAGUUACUAAUUGGAUACAAAGGUGUAUCACAGAGGUCAAGUCAUGCAAGUUUUAAAGAUGGUUACAUGUUUUUCAAAUAUAAGUUACAACCAUCCAUGAAAAGAAACAAAUGGUCAAUUAGCCCUCAAGGGCCAAUACUCUGGCAGUAA